ACAUUUUCAAACUUCCAACUUGAUCCCAUCCCACUGGUUUCGAAAAGCAAUGGUCGCCGGCGCCGGAAACUCAUCCGCCACCAUGAAAUCCCCUGCAACUGGAACUCCCGCGUUCGUGAAUUCCAAAAAACGAAAAUCCCACAGAAACCCAACUAAUAAAUCCGAAAAAUUCCUUCCGAGCGACCCACUGCUUCGCCGUCUCUCUUCCGCCGCCGCCGCGACCCGUUCCUUUCUCCAAACCAACGAUCUCUUCCUCCCUCCACACCAGUCUCUCCGCAUCGAAUCUCUCCUCUCAUCUCUCCCCAUCGCUCCUUCCCACUCCACCUCCACCACGUGGUUCCACCGCUUCGUAAACUCCGCCUCAGAAAACGACGAUCCUCGCUGGCAUCACUGUUUCCGAAUGUCGAAGCCGACUUUCUCCAAACUCCUCUCAAUCCUCUCCUCCUCCGAUCUUCCUCCCCUUCCUUCGUCCUCGCUCGCGGCUACACUCUUCCGCCUCGCUCACAACGCUUCCUACAGCUCCCUCGCUCAACGCUUCGGGUUCGAUUCCGUCUCCGACGCUUCCCGCGCCUUCUUCACCGUCUGCAAGCUCGUGCACGAGAAACUAGGGCGACUCGACGAUCCCAAACCUGAUUAUUCGCCUCGAUUGCUCCCCAAUUGCUGCGGCGCGUUGGGAUUCGCGAGGUUCGAUGUAGACGGGGAGCUUCUCGAUUCGCUGAUCGUUCAAGCGUUGGUCGAUUCCGCCGGCAGAUUCGCGGAUAUCUCAGCUGGAUGGCCGAGCACGAUGAAACCGGAAGCGAUUCUCCGGCAAACCAAGCUUUUCUCCGUGGCGGAGGAGGAUUCUAGAAGCUUCUUGAAUGGAGCGCCGUGCGAACUUGGAAACGGUGUAUCGGUGCCUCGUUACGUUCUCGGAGAUUCUCGUCUUCCUUUGUUGCCGUGGCUUGUGACUCCUUACGGUUCAAACGAGGGGGAAGAAGAUGGUUUUGAAUUCAACAACGUGGCUCGCGCUGCGUUGCGUGCUGUUGAGAUUGCGUUUGCGAAGGUUCGAGCUCGUUGGCGGAUUCUUGAUAGGAAGUGGAAACUGGAGAUGGUCGAGUUUUUGCCGUUUGUGGUGACUACUGGCUGCUUGUUGCAUAACUUUCUUGUGGAUUGUGGAGACGGUGAUUUGCAGGAAGAGUGUGUGGUGGUGGCUCGUGAUGAUAGUGAGAUGAUGAAAGAUGGAGAGUGUGAGGAGGACACGAGGAGGUAUGAAGGAGAAGAAUAUAUUGAGUCGAGCAGGAUCAGAGAUGCUAUUGCAGAGAACCUGAGCCGUGUGGCUUCGUCUGAGAAUUUGUAAAUUGUGGAAGUCCCUUUCAGUAUGCAGUUUCUGGCUUACGGUUGGUAGAUAACGUAUGUUGAUGGUUUAUGAAAUGGAUUACAGUUACAAGCUUUCCUUUCUAGUCUGAUCUUGUAAAUUGUGUAGAAGAUGAACUAGAGAAUGUCUUUUUUGUCACAGUUUAUGGGAGCUAGGGGUGAUGGUUUUAUUUAACGGAUUACGGUUAUAGGUUCUCAGAAACUUUUCUCUUAAAUAGUAUUUUGGCUAAGAGUUGAACCUGUAUGAACAAAGGUUCGUGUGUUGGGUACUGAUUUACUGUUUUUAUUGCUUGGUUAAUGUGUUCAUGA